AGAAAUUUAUUCGAAAAUAAAAUCUUAACAAUAGAUCGGACUAAAGGAUAAUGAAAUAUUGCUAAGCGAAGAAAUUAUAUUAAAGCAGCAAUAGCAAGUGCGUGCUUGCGUGCUCACGCUCAGGUGUAUACAGGUGUGCACAGCUGUCAAUUGCCGCGUGCAAUGCGUAGGUAGCGUGCGUGCAUUCUGGCGUGUCGUGUCUGCAUGCUUGCGUGAGUUCGUAUCUUAUAACAGUAUUCCAUAAUCGUUAAGAUUCUACCAUAGCAAACGCAUCAAAGUACACGAGAAAAGUUUUACGAUAUUGCGAAAUCUUCGUAACAUCAAAUGCUUUGCCAUCUUAUGCCUCUGUUUUUCUUAACAUUAGACAUAUUUCUUUUGUUUCUUCACUGUGACAAAUAAAAAAAAUUAAAUGGCAUUCGAUAAGUCGAAAAAGGAUCAAAUGGUAGCACUGUACUUCUUAUCUAAAAGCUCAUAUGCGCAAUGUCCUUUUAUUAGAAACGUCCUCGUUAACAUUAUUCAUUCGAUCGCUGAUGCAUUAUUUUAUACAUAUAAAUUAAUACAUGAUCUAUUUAUUGAAUCCAAAUUUGAUAAGUAAAAUGAAAUAGAGCAAAUUUUAAAUGUACUGCUGCAAAAACUUCUGACAACGGUCUCUGGCCAUCGGCCUGUUGAAAAUUCUUUUUUAUCAACUAUAUGAUUAUUUAAAAAAAUAGAAUAAAUAGAACCCGAUCCGUUCAGUGUCUCUAAUAAUAAACAGUGUGAGGUGUUGAGGGGAGCGAAUUGACCUGAAAGCGUUCGAGUACAAAACAUUACGGUCAAGAGUAGUCAGAAGGGAUAAUCACCCUUCGAAUUCUUUCAAUUCUAACAUGAAAUUUCUUUUACAUCGUUUGCCAAACGACCAAUCAGAGUAGGUAUAGGGUGCUAUUGUCUAGCUUUCAUACAAAACUACGCUUCACUGGUUUUCCAUUUCAUUCGUAAUUCCUUAGGUGUAAUGUAUAGACUGGUCGGUGUCCAGGAAACAAAAAUCUGAAGCGACAUAGUGUUUCUGUACGGUGGCGAUAGCAAGAGUGAAGUGUCAGCGAUCAUGCCGAAGGAAAAUAAAAGCACAAGCAGAAGGAACAGGCGUCAGUGCUCGGAAGUCGAUAACGUAAGUACACGCUUUCGCGAACGAGAAAAUAAAAAAAAGAACAAGUGGAAAGUGAACGCAACGAACGAUCAGCAAUCUGAUAUCAAAGGAAACUGCGGGAUCGAGUGCACGAGAUUCGUCGAAGAGUGCGAUCAACGGCAAUCGCUACAACCCAUUCGUACGAGAAAUACCAAGGACAGAUUCGAAGACGAAACAAGAAAACACGAUGAUGCCAUCAAUUGAAGUUCUUCAUUCGAUGAGCGGCGGUAUCAUCGAGAGCGGCAUUAAGUACAUUCUCUUCCCUCUGCAUCUGUUACGUUUCUGUAUAUUUGGAACGAGUACGAAAUCCAUCGACUCCGACAAACUCACAGAAUCCAGUAGCAAAAAAGAUACAGCAGAAAAAGAAGAAAAGAAAACGAAAGAACGAGAAGAGAAGAAGCAUACACAGCAUGAAACUUCGAGGGUGAAACCUUCGGAGAAAUCUAGGCAGCCUAAGCUCGAUCACGAUUUGGUGGAUGAAAAUAAAGACGCGAUACCGGAUGUAAAAACUUCAAAGGAAAAGAAAAAUAAUGACAAGGAUGAAUCCGCUGACGAGAUGGUAACUGCCGAGGAAGACUCAGAUUCCUCUGGUGAACAAUGGAGCACCGCAAACGACAUAAUGGAAAUGAACAUAUCGGUAGAUAAUGACAAUCUCGAUAAAAUUUCGUCGAACACGGUGCUGGAAGAACCUAUGGAUAUAUCUAUAGAGGAACAAUCUAUUGACAAGAUGCAUAUCCCACGCGACUUAUCGCGGGAUCAUCGAAUAUUUGAACAAUUUCAAAACAACAAAGAAAACAUAGCCGCGAACUUGAACGUCAAUGAUCAAGAUAGCAAUUCGUCCGUGGACGAAGAAAUUGCCAGAAUCUUUCAGAAACAAUGUACUUCCUCUGAAGAUGAAUUUCCUUCCUCGUUUGUUAAAUCGUCAUCCUCUUUCAAGCGUGAGAAAAUGAAACAGAAUAAUUUUCUUUAUUACAAGACUAAUUAUAACGCUUCCACGGUUGCAAAGAGAGAAGCACAGAGCAACACGAGGGAGCAAAAGAAGAAAGAACCGUCAGAUUUUAGCAUUAAUAGUAAAAGAAGAAAAGUGUCGAACGAGGAAAAUAAACAUGAAAGACAUAGCGAACGAAAAACUGGUAAUAAAAUUCGCGAAGAAAAACGAAGCUCCCGUCAAAAUACUCCUAGUAAACACGAAUCACGAUCUUCGAGGACAACAGUGAAGAAUAGAGAAACGAAACGGAAAGACGUUAAGUUUAAAGAAAUAGCCACGCAAACGGACAGUGCAUUUUCGGACGACGACGUUGAAAUGAUUCCUGUAGACGGUAAACUGUACGAAAAACAACUUUGCCAUAAACGUACAGGUCGCAGAUUACAGUUCAAUCUCUUGGACAAUAAAAACACGGAACAAGAAUUAAACUACAUAGCAGACAAUGAAGAUUCGAACGAUGGAUCAUCAAAAGUUGAACGUAAACGAAUUUCAUCCAGCAGUACGUCAUCCUCGUCGACGGAUCUCGGUUUCGAUGAGCGUGCAAUGCUAACUCCUGAUAUGUUGAUCGUAGUUGGACGAUCGCGUACAAACUCAUUGGACAACACGAAUAAUUUUCCAGCACGAUCUCGUCCACCACCUGGCUUCCCAGAAUUACCUCAGAAUCCACCGUUAAUGUCUUACGUCGGUAACAAUUACAAACACUUUUUAGCGACGCACUCAAAGUACAAUUGUCUUCAUUGCUCGAUCGUGCCACCAGCACCUUCGCCUAUGAGACAUCUCUAUUACGAUUAUCCCGAAUUUAUGGACCUACCUAUCGAUGUUAAUUCCUCGAAAAUUUUAAAUAACAUUUUGAGGAACAAUUACUAUCGGUGAUAUCAUUGUACUAAAAAAAAUAAAUAUAUAUGUUAUAAAAACAUACGUUUGUACAGAAAGUAACGUGUCAUAAAUAAAACUUUGUUAU